UAAGGUGGUCUAGUAGUGUUAACAAAAAUUGUUUAAAUAAAGCUAGAGGAAACGUGUACCAAGGUUUGAAGGUAACGGCUGUGAAUGUGUUUGUCACAUAAACGCAUUUAGUUGAAAGUUAAUUAAAACCAUACAUUACAAUGGCAGAGAGCGACUGGGAUACUGUCACCGUCCUGAGGAAGAAGGGCCCGACCGCAGCGCAGGCGAAGUCCAAACAGGCAGUUGUAUCGGCACAGAGAAGAGGGGAAGAACUCGAAACAACCAAAAAAUGGUCUGCAGGACAAAACAAACAGCAUCUGGUGACCAAAAACACAGCCAAGCUUGACCGGGAAACAGAAGAGCUUCACCAUCAGAGGGUCCCAUUAGAGGUGGGGAAAGUCAUCCAGCAAGGAAGACAGAACAAAGGGAUGACGCAGAAAGACCUGGCCACUAAAGUCAAUGAAAAGCCCCAGAUCAUUGCAGAUUAUGAAUGUGGGCGAGCCAUUCCCAACAAUCAGGUCAUGGGCAAGAUUGAGAGAGCCCUUGGCUUGAAGCUUCGUGGGAAGGAGGUUGGGCUUCCCCUCGAGGCGGGACCAAAAAAGAAAUGAACACAAAGCCUCGAAGUCGGCUCCCGUUUCCAGGGGGCUGAUCUCGUCUGGUUUGACCUGUUCAAAAACCAGAAUCUCCAUUGCCAAGCUGAAUAGUGGAGGUGUUUCAGACUUGCUUUAAAAAAAAAAUAUUCUCUUCCAUGGCUGUGAUGUAAAAUAUGGGUGUUGGUAUUGGCGGUCGGAGGAGGACGUGUUCUCUAAUUUGUGGCUGAAGUCUGUAUUCCAGGAUUUUAUCGUGGGCAUUUGACUGAGUGCAAAUCUUUUUUUAAAUCAGUAAUUUGUUGCCUCCAUUUUAGCUGUGCUUUUAUAGUGCGUCUCUCGUUUCUUGGAAUCAUGGGGAUACUUGUUCACUUCAGCUGGGAACAAUUCAAAGUACUUUUUGUUUUGGAGAAAUAAAAAUUGGAACCUUUUAGCAUUUCA